UAAACGCAACUUUUUUGCAGGCGAAUCGAUACUGGCGGUGGAGGAGGAGGAGGUGUCACCAGAGGAAGAGCUCCAGUUCCGCGGAGCUCUGAUGUGUCCGCGCUGUCAGGAGCAGUUCACGGACGUCCAAGAGUUCCUCACCCACAAGAUCGAGUGCGCGCUGAAAGCGAAGAAACACGAAGAACCCGCGCAUUCCGAUCCAGAAGAUAUGGUCGUAUCCGAGGACGACGACGAAGAGGAGGAAGACGACGAGAACGGCGGUAAACGAUUGGAGCGGAUGCGACGGCAUCGACAGGAUGCGGCCAACAACAACAGCGUCGACGACGGUCCACCGGGUGACGAGACGUCCGGUGGACCUCCAGUCGGAUUCCCGUUUCCAGUGCCGGCACCAGGUGGUCACGUCACGUUGGAAGCGCUCCAGAACACCAAAGUUGCUGUAGCGCAGUUCGCUGCGACCGCGAUGGCAAACAACGAGAACAACGAGGCCGCCCUCCAGGAGCUCGCAGUGUUACAGUCGACGCUCUUCACCCUCCAGCAUCAGCAAGUGUUACAGCUGCAGCUCAUCAAUCAACUGCAGCAGCAGCUGUCCAUCAAUAAACCAGGAAGUCCGGCAUCGACGACGACGCACGAGAACGACUCGGAACCGCUGGUGGCGGAUUCGCCACCGCCGCAACCCCAGGUUAUGCCGGUUCUGCCGCCCCCGGCGAGUCAACAGCUGAUGCCCACAUCGAGGGAACCGACCCCGGCGCUGCCGCCACCCAUCUCCCAGCCGAUGCAUCAGCAACCUCCGCCUCCAGUGGAACACAUCCCCACGGAGGUCAUACCGAUGUCCUCAUCUCUACCUCCCCAAAUACAACCCCCGUUAUGUUCCAUAUCAGCCUCCCUCGCCUCGACCAUCAUCACCCACAACAACGAGCCACCUCCAUCGAUGGAUGAACCCAACACGCUGGAGAUGCUCCAGAAGAGAGCGCAGGAGGUUCUCGACAACGCCAGCCAAGGUCUUCUCGCCACGAACUUAGCCGACGAGUUGGCGUUCCGCAAAAGCAAAGGCUCUCUAUCCCCGUACGACUCGAAGGGCAGGAACGAGCCCUUCUUCAAACACAGAUGCCGGUACUGCGGAAAAGUCUUCGGCUCGGACUCUGCGCUACAAAUACAUAUCCGCUCCCACACCGGGGAGCGCCCGUUCAAGUGCAACGUCUGCGGCAGCCGGUUCACCACCAAAGGCAACCUGAAGGUCCACUUCCAGAGGCACAGCUCCAAGUUUCCCCAUAUCAAAAUGAACCCGAACCCCAUCCCCGAGCAUCUGGACAAGUACCAUCCACCGCUGCUGGCGCAGUUGGGUCAGCAACCGUCUCUUUCACCUGGAGGACCGCCACAUCCUCCGCCGCAUAUGGCAUUUCCACCGACGCAUCCCUUUCCACCCACAUCUAUGCCGCUCUACCGACCUCAGCCUCAGCAAGAGAUGAUGAACAACAACAACAGCAGCAGAAUACCGCAUUCUCCGCACCGGCCGCAGGAAGCUCCAAGAUUAUUUCCGCCGCAUCCCUUUCUCCUCAAGCGAGAGGAGCAAGAAGUCCCGGAGAACUUGAGCAAACCGCCGCGAUCACCGACGCCUGAAGCCAGAAGUUGCAAGACUGAGAUCAUGGAUGAUAGUAAACGAGAAGAGGUGGAGGACAUCGCCGAUAUCACACCGAAACAGGAGAUGGAUACGGAGAUGGAGCAAGAGCAGGAGCAGGAACGUUUUCCAUCGCCCGUACCAUACGACGAGUGCAGUAUAGACAGCAAAUACAGCAACGAGGAGCUGCUGGAGAACCGCAGCCCCGGAGCCGAGCAGACGGAGAACAUGCAGGAUGAACCGGAGAACCUCUCCAACAAAAGCAACUCCAUCACUUUACCGUUAAGUAUUUCGACGGGCCAACGUUUGCCCGCCAACUUCCCAUUCGGACAUGCGGCGUCUUCACCGCCGAGCAGCACAUCCUCGGGUAGUUUAGGACCUUUUCCGACGACCCCGCUCGCUGAUCCGGCCAGAGAUCCAGCCAUCUACGCCAAUUUAUUGCCGAGACCCGGAAGCAACGACAACUCCUGGGAGAGUCUCAUCGAAGUGACCAAAACGUCGGAGACUAGUAAACUGCAGCAGCUCGUCGACAACAUCGAGCACAAGUUGUCCGAUCCGAACCAGUGCGUGAUCUGCCACCGGGUGUUAUCGUGCAAGAGCGCCCUGCAGAUGCACUACCGCACGCACACGGGGGAGAGACCGUUCAAAUGCAAGAUCUGCGGACGGGCUUUCACCACCAAAGGCAACCUGAAGACGCACAUGGGCGUGCACAGGGCUAAACCGCCGAUGCGUGUCCUCCACCAGUGCCCCGUUUGCCACAAGAAGUUCACGAAUGCUCUGGUGCUGCAGCAGCACAUCAGGCUGCACACCGGAGAACCCACGGAUCUGACGCCGGAGCAGAUUCAAGCAGCCGAAGUGAAAGACUUCCCGUCUCCAGGAGGAUUCCCGCCUCUACCCAACUCCAUACACUCAUUCCUGAGCCAGGGCUUCCAGGUGCCCGGCCUCUCGCCCCUCGGCCCCGGCGGAUUCCCGCUCAACAUGAAGAUGGAGGAUAUGAAAGCCGAAGACUUCAUGAUGGACGACGACGACGACGAUGACGACGACAUGAUGAGCAACUCUGAGCAUAAUUUGUCGUUCACGACGUCGCCAGGCGGUGGCGGAGAUCUGCACCUUCAUCAGCAGCAUCAGACGACAGCCGCCGCAAUCGCCGCCCACCAGAUGAGCAUCUCCGGCUUAAGCUACUCCAACGAGGAUCUCUGCAGGACGGCACCAUCCACCUCUCCGAUCGUCCAGAACGGAGAGAAAUCGCCCACACAGUCCGGCCUCACCAGCCCCGGCAGUUCAGACCACAUCAGGUCGUCGCCCAACCAAAUCAACCCCGUCCAGAUUCCACGACCGCCUUCGUCGCAUCAAGCCAACAGCCCGACACCAUCUGAAUCGAAUUCGCUGGGUGCUUUGGAUCUGACGCCGAAGAGUCUCAGCCAGCAGCUGCAACAACAUCAGCAACAACAACCGCCGACGACGACGGCCACGAGCAGUCCGGGUCCUAGUCCCGGCGCUCCAUCAUUAUUCUCCUCGUUCGGAUUGCUGCCACCAGGUCAAGGAAGUUCUCCGCUCAUGUCUUCGGCCCUAUCGUCCUUAACAUCAUCGGUGUUGUCGUCCACCGCGUUCAGUCCGCUCCGUCUCGCAGUCGGCCCAGGAGCAGUGAGAGGAAACACGACGUGCAACCUGUGCUUCAAGACGUUCGCUUGCAAUUCCGCUUUGGAGAUCCACUACCGCAGCCACACCAAGGAGCGACCCUUCAAGUGCACCGUCUGCGACCGAGGAUUCUCAACCAAGGACUGUGUAUGCGGUCAGAGGCGUAUCCAGGACGAAGCGGAGCCUGUAAGGGUCGGCAAAAGAAAACCGCCCUCAUCGCUUCGCAGGAAUUUCCCUACUAAAUUCCCGUUACCAAUGAGCCCUGGAUACGCCACUGCCUUACAUUGGAGCUCACUGGCGGGCAACAUGAAGCAGCACAUGCUCACGCACAAGAUCCGCGAUAUGCCGCAGCACAUGUUCGAUAAUAAGGGUGACGACGGAGCGCCGCCGCCGCCGCUGCAACCGCAACUUCCACUACCGCUACCACCACCUCAACAACAACAACAACAACAACAGCAACAACAACAGCAUCAGCAGCAGAGGGAAAGAGAGAUGCUGUCGCAACCAUCGCCGCAGCAGCAGCAACAACAACAGCAGCAGCAGCAGGAAUGCGAACCUAUGCCAACGCAGCUGCCCCAAUCCGAGCCGCCCCACAAAGAAGCGAAACGCGCACCGCCAGAAGCCGAGCUGCCGCUCCCCAAGCGACCGCCGAGCUUGCAGGCCAAUAAACAUUUGUGCCACGUGUGUAAUAAGAACUUCUCGUCCAGUUCGGCCUUGCAGAUACACAUGCGUACACAUACGGGGGAUAAGCCGUUCCGAUGCACCGUCUGCCAGAAGGCCUUCACCACCAAGGGAAACUUAAAGGUGCACAUGGGCACGCAUAUGUGGAGCAACGGGGCGUCGCGGCGCGGUCGUCGCAUGUCCCUCGACCUUCCACCCAUACCCAUGACACCCAAGGAUUCAGAAUUUCUUCAGCGGAGGCCCGAUCUCUUCUACCCGUACCUCCCGGCUCCGUUCCUUAACGGCAUGCAGCAGAAGCUGAACGAGAUCUCAGUGGUACAGAAUCCUCAGAACGGAUUGGGCGGCGCCGGCAAGUACAGCGGCCUCCUGGGUUUCGGAUACCCGUCUGGGGCGACGUCCGUUGGAUCGGUGGACGCGUUGCGAUCGCAAUCUGGAACGCCGGAUCGUGAGCAGUCGUCGAGACCGCCGAGCCGCGAACCGGAGCGCCUCUGGGACCUGCACUUCGAGAGGAAGGGCGCCGGCGACGCCACCAACCGCGAGGACCUUCUGCCACCGGGUCGGGAGGGCCUGGCGGCCUGAGCCGACCGCGAAGUUCCUAUUUCAAACUAGUCUACGAGUGGAUCGGGGCAAUGCAUACUGUGAUAACACACCAGCUGUAGGAGAGAAAGACAAAAAAAAAAAGAAAAGAAGAAGAGAAAAAACAUAAGAGAUGAGAAUCGAGUUGGCGAUGGACACGACGACCAUGAUGGAAGGACGAGGUGGACCACACCUCAAAAACAAAAGAAAAAACAAAACAAACACACGUGACUACAAAGCGAUAGCAUAGAAGAUUGCUGAAAGAUCAAGAUUGAAGAGCGAAGAUUGUGAGAGAGAGAGAGAGAGAGAGCCACUGAAAACUACUACUGCUGUGUUUUUUUUUUAACUUUAAAACUCAUUAGAAAUUCUUGUAUUAUAGCUAAAUGUAUCAUAAAUAUGAAGAGGAUGAAAUGAAAUAUUCAUUG